AUGGACAAUUUAAUAGAUUACGGGCUUCGUCUAACUUUGGCUCUUUACGGAAUACCUAAAGAUGAGCUCACCAGCGUUAAACCUGCGAUUGAGCUUGUCCAAAGCUAUCGAGCAAAAAUGUAUGCUGAAGCCUCCAAUAAUAAAAAAGUCGAUCUUGCACGUAUAAUUCCGACUGAGUUAACCGAGCAUAUCAAGCGUGUCCAAUUCCAAGUACAGGCUUGGUACGGUUCACAAGGUCAAGACGAGACCUUAGAUCCGUUGGAAUGGGGGUGGGAAUUUGUGGAUGGAGAGCUCAGUCCUGUCACCAUGACCCAGGAAGCCGGUUCCGAGGAAAUUUUGAACAAAAUUUCUUGUUCUUGUCAAACCGACUGUGGCACGAGGUGCGGGUGCUGCCGAAAGGGGUUGGAGUGCUCACUUGCAUGCAAUCAUUGCGAUGGCAAUUGCUCAAAUCAAAAAGGCACUUCCAAUGGGGCCGAGGAUACUGACAAGGAAGAAGAUGAGGAAGGGAUAGAAGAUAAAGAAGGGGAAGAAGAGUUUGAACAAGAUGUUUAG